GUGCAAGAUCAUUAAUGUUUUGUAAUUUUUCAAAAUUCUUGUCGCAUAUCAAUAAUGUAUGUUUUAAGUAUGUUAUCAAGUGCUAAGAAAACCUCAAAUACUUCAAAAAAGCUCCAAUAUUAGUCUUCAAAUUCUUUCAAAAAAAAAACAGCCAACUUUAAGCCUUCAAGUCUUUUUAAAAGGUUUUAAAUUUAGUUCUAAAUUUGUUUAAAACAUCUAAAAUAGGAAAAGAGAUGUUAAAGGAGGAGGAAACAUUAGCGUCAACCAAUGUUUGGCAGUUGAUUUUGUUUGAUUGGCAAUGGUGAAAGAGAAUGAUGAGACCAAGGAAGUGAAAAAGAUAAAAAUGGAAGGUUUUUGAAUGUGGUGUUGUGAUUUUUGUUUAUUAUUUUUAUUUUUUUAAUAAUUAUUUUUUAACUAAUUGAAAAAAAUAAAAAUUCAGGUGGACCUUUGCCCACCCUUUGACCAUAUGUGACUCUUCCACUGAGUUUGGGUUCAUUCCAAAUUAGGGAGGAAAAAGAAGAAUAAAGGUUACAUGUUGGAAAAGUUGGGCCUCCUCAUCUUUUGAUUUUUUUUUUUAAUUUUAUUUACACAUAAUUUUAAUUUUAAAUAAUUUAAUUAAAGAUACUAAAUCAUGUCAGAGAAUCAAAAGCAAAACAGAAAUUUCUUAAUAAAUACAUAACCAGUGUUGAUUUCUAAAACAGGUAAUUAUAAUUUUAUAAUUGUCAAAUUUAAAUAGCAUUAUCCAAAAAAAAAAUAACGAGACUUGGGCCCCAAGAAGAAGCAUGCGAUUGGUCAGGCCACGUUGGCAAUCAAAAGACGGCAUUAAAGCUGCCGCGUCUCAUAUAUAUGGAAGGAAACGUACCAACACCGCACGUAAGAAAGGAUUUCAUUAUCAGAACAAGUUUCUUAGUUCCCAAGGAAGCUACGAAUAUUACGAAUUCUUCAACAGCGGGAAAACGAAAGGGGGGAUGAGUCUUGUACUGUAUUCUAUGGUUCUAGAAUUCGUGUCGUCUGAUGAGAAUCAAUUAUUCGUAUAUCUUACAUGCCUUUGGUUUAGGACUUCAAUCUUGAGAGUAUUACAGAAGGGCCGCCCAGGAAUAAAACAGGGACGAAAGCGCAAUGCACGUGAAGCAAUGGAGGAGGAGGAGGCUUUAUGGGUCAAGAAGAAGAGCGACGAGAAGCAGACUGAAGUUGAGGACUGCACGAAAGAUGGCGUGAAGCGGACCCAAAAGCGUCCUAGAAAAGGGUCCAAAAAGGGGUGCAUGAAAGGCAAGGGAGGGCCCUUGAACUCAGCUUGCUCGUACAGAGGGGUCAGGCAGAGGACUUGGGGGAAGUGGGUGUCCGAGAUUCGGAAGCCCAAACGUGGCAGCCCCCAGUCCCCUAAGAAAGCCAAAAGGCUGUGGCUCGGCACAUUUGAUUCGGCCCGUGAGGCUGCUCUUGCUUAUGACAAAGCUGCAACUGUGCUUUAUGGCCCCGAUGCUAUAUUGAACUUCUCUCCCCGCUCGGAGCUGGUGGAACCAGUCGACAUGUCUGAUGAGUCGCCAUGUUCAAUCUCCACAACGUCGGUUGCCUCGUCUGAGUCCACGACUACUGCGCCAGGCAACUGGCUGCUCGGAGACAAUGAAAAGGAGGUGAAAAUAGUUCAGGAUAAGGCGGUAGAGUCAGAGCUCAAGCUAGGCAAUAUCAGAGCAGAAUGUAGAGUUGAUGAUGAGUCGUCCAUGGCAGUAGUUGACUGUCGUCGGCGUGCCAGCGACAAUGAAGCAAUAAGUAACGUAACGAAAGAGAAAAUUUCAGGGGAUAUUGAAGAGGAUUCAGCCAAAACCCCUAUAAAUAGUUGGCAACAAAAUAUGUUUACAGAUGAAUCUGAUAAACUUGAUUUCUCUUUCGAGCCAUUGCAGUGCCCAGAUCAGCAGCUUGAUUACAUAAAGAGAUACUUAAUGAAAGACGAGUUUGAUGUUCAUAGUGAUGCCGAAGUUGAUGCCUAUUCGACAUAUUUGUUACGCGAAGAAUGUGAAGCUGCUGGAUGAUAUGGAGCUUUCUGGAUAAUUCAGUGGAUGAUGUUGGAAGAAGAGCUGCAAUGGAUAUAUAUAUAUAUAUAUAUAUAUAUAUGGAUUGUGAAGACAGAAACUGCAUAUGGGAAGAAGAGAUAGAUGGUUCUCCAUAAUAGGUAGGUCGAGUAUAUAGUGAAGACAAUUUUAUAGAUUUAGUGCUAUACAUAAACAUUCUUUGAUUCAUAUUAACUGGUCAAUUUUGUAUAGAAUAUUAUGUUACAAUAUUAUGAGCUGGAGCGAACUCAUAUUAUAGAUAAAUAGUCACAAAUCAUCUUUUCAAAUGUCGGUCAAUUAGUUAAGGAAAAUUCUAUUUGCAACAACUCAUUUUGUUCUUUAUAGUCACUUUUUAAUAUAUACUUAAAAUAUCUUU